AGACGGCCCCCGCUUUUCUCAUUGGCAAAAAGAGCUCGUCGGGUGAAGCUCGGAGAUGGGCGGUGACGGCGGCGGCAGCAGCGGGGAGGAAGACGGAGACGCUAGUUGGAGGGCGGCCAUUGAUUCCGUCGCCGCUUUAGAUUUUGGCUCCUCGGCUUCUAAGCCUCCGGCGAAGUCUCAGAAAAACUCAACUGAUUCAGUCCAGGACGAUUCUUUAGAGGAACAAAAUCAGAGCAGAGGUUCCGGUCUCAAGCUCUAUCAAAUUAAGGCACAGAAGCUUUUGGAUGAGGUCCUGGAGAAAAGUCUUGAGAUUGUGAGAAGCACUAUACCUGCAGGCAGUGAAAAUUCUGAAUCAAAUGGGGGGAUUCGAUUAUUUAGACGCGCACCUCCUGGUGUAAUUCUUGAUGGAUUUGAUGCACAUCAGCAGCAGCAGAAGAGACCAAGAAUAAUUCCAGGAGAGGAAGUCAAUGAGAAUUCAAAGAAGUUUAAGUGUAGACUUCAGUCUGUUGUUGUUGAUGGGACGAACAUAAUGGCUGCUGCAAGAGAUGCAUGCCAAAGAUCCCUGGCAAGAUUUGAAGCUAGAGAAGCUGCUGCAAAGGAAGCACUAAAGAGAGAAGAAGAAUGGAUCGCAAAGCUGAAAAAGAUACGAGGAGAGAGAUGGCUUCCUUCGCUUGCCAGAGAGAUGCAGGGUGGAACAUGAAAUACUGAAAAACAGAUAUCUGCUACCCACUAUUUCAGUAGUGAAUGGAGUCCUUGGUGACCAUGGUGAAGAAGCUAGGAACCUUCACAGCCACUAUUUGGGCACUGCAUGAAAGGAGAUGUACCAUAGUCUUUGACACUGCAAGGUCCGUUGUCUGUUCAUUGAUCUCUUGUUUCUUGGUAGGCUUCUUGGUUCUUCAGCAGGCGACCACACUCUGGGCUUGAAACCUUGAAAUCUUCUGUUUUCUAUCUGUGAUUGACUGGUUGCUGGAUUAUCUGAUGAAUAAACAGUGUUUACCUUCAUUUGUACUUAAUGCUAAUAUCUUAUAAAUGAAUUCAUUGCCUUUCAAAA